AGCGAUUGCUCGUCCUUUGGAAUGGCCGACCGUCAGCUAUUCCACCAGCACGAUACAACUAAUACUUCACCGCUCUAUCUGGGACUAGACUUGAGUACGCAGCAACUCAAACUCGUUGUAAUAGACGAUGAUCUUCGCGUGUUGCACGAGGAGGCAGUCAACUUUGACAGAGACCUACCACAUUACGGGACUGAAGGAGGUGUAAAGCUGAACGGGUACCAGGCAACUGCACCAACCAUAAUGUGGGUCGAAGCACUCGACUUGUUAUUGGGCAAAAUGAAAGAUAGUGGAUUUCCGAGUCAUCGAGUUGCAGGAAUAUCAGGCUGUGCUCAGCAACACGGGACGGUGUAUUGGAAACAGGGUGCAGAGCAUGUACUGGCCCACUUAAAUCCAGAAUCGCUCUUGCAUGAGCAGCUUCGGGGCAUCUUUUCAGUAGAAAGUUCACCCAUCUGGCAGGAUUCGAGUACGAGCGCCGAAUGUGAAGAACUAGAGGUUGCAAUGGGGGGCGCUCAGAAGCUAGCUGAUAUAACUGGUUCCUCCGCUUAUGAAAGAUUCUCCGGCAGCCAGCUACGAAAAAUAGCAAAGGCUCGUCCAGAAGCUUUUGCGCAAACCGAGCGGAUAUCGCUUGUCAGCUCUUUUGCUGCGUCAAUGCUGAUUGGAAAAUAUGCACCAAUCGAUACGGCGGAUGGCAGUGGCAUGAACCUUCUGGACAUUCACCAAAAGGAUUGGGAUGACAGACUGCUUAACCUCUGUGGAGCAGACCUGCGAAGAAAGUUAGGAGCAGUUGUUAAAACUGAUGCUGUUAUUGGCUUUAUAGCAUCCUAUUUUGUCGAGAGAUAUGGGUUUCGAAAAGAUUGCAUGGUUGUAGCCUGGUCUGGAGAUAAUCCGGACAGUUUAGCCAGUUUAAAUCUCCGGGUUGGCGAUAGCGUUGUUUCGAUGGGAACAAGCGACACCCUUCUCCUUACUUUGGAAAAGGCAACUCCGUCGACAGAAGGUCAUGUCCUGUGUCAUCCAACCCGUCAUGAUGCAUACAUGGCAAUGAUCGUAUACAAAAACGGAUCAUUGACUCGAGAGCGUAUACGUGACACAUAUGCGUGGAGCUCUUGGGAAAAGUUCAAUAGCUUGGUAGAGAACGCAGAUGUUGGGUGUGGGGAUCGAUUCGGCUUCUUCUUCUAUGUUCCUGAGAUCACCCCAAAAGCGCAGGGCGUAUUCAGGUUUGAACAUGGGCAGCAGGUAGAAGAAUUCUCGCGUCCAGAGAUCAAUGCCAGAGCAGUGCUGGAGAGCCAAUUCUUAUCUAUGCGGCUACAUGCUAGACGAGUUGGCUAUCACGAUUCUGCAUCCAAGCGGAUUAUAGUAACAGGCGGUGCAUCACAAAAUGAUGCUAUUGUUCGAGUGCUAGCAGACGUGUUUGGUGCUGUCGUGAUGAGAUCGUCGCUUGGUGGAGGAUCGGCGACUUUGGGAGCGGCGUAUAGAGCAAGAUAUGGUGUCAAGCAUGCAAGUGGGUGGUUUGGGACUUUUGAACAGUCUCUGAAUGCACCUGGUGCUCCGCAAUUAGUCACUGUGGCAGAAGGAAGCUUGGAGUCUUACGAGAAAUACUCCAUACUUUUAGAAGAAUACGAAAGAUUGGAAAGAGAUGUAUGUAGAGCAGGUCAAUUUUGAAAACUGUUCAGGACAGAAGUUCAAUUAGGU